AUGGCAACUGCAACUAUGGCUACAGCAGCCGGUGCAGCUGCCCUUUUGUAUUAUACAUUGAACAGUAAGUUACGGUCUGGUACGUCUCACGAUGAUGAUGAUGAUGAUGAUGAGAAUGAGAAUGACAGUGGUGGCACACCUAGUCAUGUGCAUUUAGGUCUUGAACGCGUAUCAAAUAGGUUAAUUCAAGCUCCUGGAACGUGGUUCGAAACAAUCUCAACUUUGUCGGAGACUCUAAGGUUUACUUACUCUGAAACUCUGGGAAAGUGGCCCAUUGGGGACUUGGCAUUUGGGAUCAACUUUCUAUUGAAGAGGCAGGGUACCUUACAUGUUGGCAGUGUAUUUGGUGGUGAAGAUAGUGUACAGCUUAAAGGAUUAGAAAUAGCGGCUGAACUUAGAUACCUCUUAAACUUGUUGACCUUGUGUUGGCAUUUCUCCAAAAAACCUUUUCCUUUGUUUUUGGAGGAGACAGGAUAUACUGAAGAAAGCGUUCUUCUUCAAGAACCCAAAGCAGGAAUAUUGAAGCCAGCUUUUACAAUUUUAGUUGAUCACAAGACAAAAUAUUUUUUCUUACUGAUUCGUGGAACACAUAGCAUCAAAGAUACUUUGACAGCUGCAACUGGAGCUGUUGUGCCCUUUCAUCACACUGUUGUGCAUGAAGGGGGAGUUAGCGAUUUAGUUUUAGGUUAUGCACAUUGUGGGAUGGUUGCAGCUGCCCGGUGGAUUUCAAAACUUGCAACACCUUGUCUUAAACAGGCUCUUGAGCAAUUCCCUGAUUAUAAAGUUAAGAUUGUAGGUCACUCUUUGGGUGGAGGCACUGCUGCCCUUUUAACAUAUGUAUUACGAGAACAGAAGGAAUUAUCGACGACUACGUGUGUUACAUUUGCUCCAGCUGCUUGUAUGACAUGGGAAUUGGCUGAAUCGGGCAAUGAUUUCAUUACUUCUGUUAUAAAUGGAGCUGACUUAGUACCUACAUUCUCAGCUGCUUCAGUUGAUGAUUUGCGUGCAGAGGUGACAGCAUCUGCAUGGCUGAAUGAUUUGAGGAAUCAGAUUGAGCAUACAAGAAUUCUUAGUACUGUUUAUCGUUCUGCAUCAGCGCUGGGUUCCCGCCUUCCAUCCAUCGCCAGCGCUAGAGCAAAAGUUGCUGGAGCUGGGGCAAUUCUGCGCCCAGUCUCCAGUGGCACGCAGGUUGUGAUGAGGAGAGCACAGAGCAUGGCCCAGACAGCAUGGACGACACGCCCUUCCCUUCGGUUGUCUUCGUGGUCAUGCAUUGGACCUCGCCAUCGAGCCACAGCUACAAGUUUGAACUCAGGAGAGGGAAGCUCCUUGGGAUCUGGCUUAAAAGCUGAAACUUCUGAGCCUCUUCUUACUUCUCCUGACAGUAAAAUAGCCACAGCUUCUGCUGGAACUAUUGAACUUCCUGCUUCUUCUGGAGGAGCAGAAUGGACUUCAGAAAUUGAAUAUUCUUGCACCGAUGAAAUGGCUCCACAUACUGAUCUUGAUGAUGGGGAGGACAUCAGGAGUGAUUCACAUGAAGACCGAAUGAAUGAAGUUGAGUUGUGGCAACAACUUGAGCAUGAGCUGUAUGAUAGAUCAGAUGGUGACGAUGCUGAUGUGGCAAAGGAAAUAAGGGAAGAAGAAGCAGCAGCCAUUGCAGAGGUAGGUGAGGACCAGCCUGGAAGUACUGCUCCAGGAACAAAGGAAGUGCGCAGGUUCUUCCCUCCAGGAAAGAUCAUGCAUAUCGUUACCAUGCAUUUUGAUAGUGCAGAGAGUGAAGGUGACACCCCCACCUCGAGUGGUUCAGACAACAGCCAGCCACCAGUGGAGGCUAAAGUACGGAUUUUCCUUACUCCCAGAUCGCUUUAUGGGAAGCUGAGGCUUUCUCAGACCAUGGUUAGUGAUCACUUCAUGCCUGUUUAUAGAAGACAGAUUGAAAAGCUAAUUAAAGAACUUGAGAAGGAAGAAGCUGCUGGUAAUCACAAUGACAACGAAGAGGUUGUGUUAUAG